AUGGAUAACGAAGACAAAAAAAAACGGGGUGUUAAUUGGUCCAAAGCAGAAAUAAACCUGUUUAUGAAUUGUUUACUCCCUCACAUCAAUGUAAUCGAGAACAAACAGACUGAUGGGGUAUCUUUAAGAGAGAAACAAACAAAAUGGAAAAAGGUGCAUGAAAAUUUUAUUGCACAGAAUACCGAUCAGGCCAGGGACUUAACAUCUCUUAAAUUAAAAUAUGAUAACAUCAAGAGAAAUUUAAAAAAGAAAAUUCAAAACAAUAAAAAGCAGUUGACAAAAACCGGCGGAGGACCACCACAGGAAGAACCACUCUUAUGGUCUGAGGAAGCUUUAUAUCAGGUGCUUCAAGUGAGUAUUGAUGGGCUACCAUCAGAAGGCGAUUCCGAUGCCCUAACGACCCCUUUGAAAAAAAAUGACCCAAAACCCAGCACAUCAUAUUCAUUUCGCGCCUUGUUGGAAGAUAAUCCAGAUGGGGAGGCAUUAAGGACAGUCGAAAUAGUCGAAAUAGAUGUCGUUUCUGAUAUUGGAGAAAGCUCUACCAGAGCAAAAUCAGGCUGGAAUUUGAAAAGGAAAAGGACAAUUUCGGCUGUUGAUAAAGAAACUUCUCUUCACGCCUUCGAGGCAUUAUCAGAAAAAAAAACCGAUUUAGCGUCGGAGCAGAAAAAAUGCUUUGAAGUUGAGCUUCACAUGAAGCUAGUAGAAGAAAAAAACCAAAAAGAGGAAUGGGACAUUAGAAGGGAAAUCCUAAAAACGGAAAGUCUAAGUAAUGCUAAGUAUGCUAUAACCAACGAUUUGUGUGCAAAGGACAACAAUAAAGAUUCAAAGCAUCUAAAACUGACCCAAAGAAGGAAACAAAGAAGCGACCAUUGGAGGUAUAAAACUCCAAAUAGGUAA